UUCUUCCGGUAUUUCUUCCCAUUUUAUCGUUCGAUCAGUUUGGUGAUUUUUGCUUGACGAAUAAGGGAGCCAUGGUGGGGAUCAACGUGCGGCGGUCGACGAUGGUGCCGCCAGCGGAAGCGACGCCGCAGCGACGGCUGUGGCUCUCCAAAAUGGAUUUGGUGACACCGAAUAACCACAGGCCGAGCGUGUACUUCUACCGGCCGGAUGGAUUGGCCAACUUCUUUGACGCGGCGGUGCUGCGCGACGCGCUGGCCCGGGUGCUGGUGCCCUUCUAUCCCAUGGCCGGUCGGCUGGCGCGCGGCGAGGACGGUCGGAUCGUGAUCGACUGCAACGGCGAGGGGGCCUUGUUUGUGGAGGCGGAUGCGAAGGCGACGGUGAACGACUUCGGCGACUUCGCACCCACCGGGGAGCUGGAGCAGCUCAUCCCGAAGCCAAAUGCAGACUACACCGACGACAUCUCCGCCUUCCCGCUCUUGCUCCUCCAGGUGACGCACUUGAAGUGCGGUGGUGCAGCCUUGGGCGUCGGCCUGCACCAUAGGGUCGCCGAUGGCUUCGCCGGCCUUCACUUGAUAAACUCCUGGUCCGACGUUGCCCGCGGCGUCGGCAUCAACGUCCAGCCAUUCAUCGAUCGGACCCUUCUCCGUAGUCGAGAUCCGCCUAACCCCUCUUUUCCUCACAUCGAGUACCAGUCCCCUCCUUCCAUGAACUCCUCUGUCGCCCAAGUCCCAAGCUCCGCCGUUGCAGUCCGCAUCUUCAAGCUCACCCGAGAGCAGCUUAACCUCCUCAAGGCCAAAGCUCCUCCAGAUGGCAGCUACAGUACGCAUGUCCUCCUCGCGGCCCACUUGUGGCGGUGCGCGUGCAUAGCGCGCGACCUCCCGCCCGACCAGAUGACCAAGAUGUACAUUCCAACCGACGGUCGGCAACGAAUCCAGCCACCACUUCCGCAGGGCUACUUCGGGAACGUGAUGUUUAGGGCGGCGCCCGUUGCCACAGCGGGGGAGGUGACCUCUCCGGAGGGCGGUCCUUCCCCGGCGGCCAAGACGAUCCAGGAGGCCGUGCUGAGGAUGGACGGCACCUACUUGCAGUCGGCGUUGGACUACCUGGAGAUGCACCCAAAUCCGGAGCCAUUAAGAUAUCCAAGCCUGGCGCUCGUCAAUUGGUCUCGUCUUCCAAUUCACGACGCCGACUUCGGCUGGGGCCGGCCAAUUUUCAUGGGCCCAGGCCACAUUGGCGUCGAGGGUAUGGCGUUCGUCAUGCCAAGCGCCACCGGGGAUGGUGGCCUCUCGGUGGCCAUCUCCUUGCAGCCUGAUCACAUGGUGAAGUUCCAGGAGCUCAUCUAUGAUAUCUAAAGGGGCGUUUGGUACGCGUGUUUUCUGAAAAAUAGUGUUUGGUUUGCGUUUUCCGCACGCGUUUUUUAAAAAAUUGGCUAUCGUUUUCUAGAAAAAUAGAGAAUGACAAAAAGUCAUUUUCUGUUUUCUAGAAAACGUGCGUUUUCCAGAAAAUGAAAAUGAAAACGGUGCAAACCAAAAGCACCCAAGCCUUUCAGAUUUUCGUUGUGAUCCAAUUUAAUUAAGAUCUUCUGUGUUAUCUUAGUUAUUAUUUGAAAUCGGUUAUUAUUUGAAUCGGCAUGUAUUAAAUCAAUUAUUUAAAUUUCUGAUAUGUAUCCAUGCAAAUAUUUGGAGUGUUUAUUAUAAUAU